AUGAAGUUCACCCUCCUCACAACCAUCCUCCCCCUCGCCUCCGCCUGGACGCUCGACGUGUGGACGACAGACGACCGCUCGAGCGCCAUGCACGGCACCGUCGACGUCGACUGCAACGACAUCGAGUUCACGCCCCCGCUCGACAUCAACCGCGUCAAGUUCAACCCGGACACUGACUGGUACCCCGACCCGGAUACCUUUGAGUUCUAUGUCAGCCCGGGCUGCCAGGGGCUGAGCUACCGCAAUGGGGAAGGCGAUUAUACCAUCACGCCGCGGGUGGUCCAGAGCUACAAGGUCUAUUAG